UCACUAAUCUGACCUUUAAUACUGACGUUCAUUUUGCAGAUAAUGCUUGCAGAACUUGAAUGGCACUACAUUAGUUGUAGUAUUUUUUUUACACUGUAAAAAAAACAUGAAUCUAAUACUACAUAACUUGUUUUAAACUGUUUUUUUCUGUUAAAAAGUACAAGAUUUGCUCUCAGGAGCAGCUGAGUCGAAGUAUAAAGCUGCACAUCGGUGCAGUUUUAAAGUUCGUUGCAUCUCCGUGUAAGGAUAUGAUUGUGGAACAUAAGGACUGACACACUGUAACUGAGUACAAUUUUGCGCUGCUUGUUUGUGUAUUGAGUAUUUCCCAUUUAUACUACUUCAUAUUCCAUGACUACAUUUCAGAGCCAAAUAUUGUACUUGUUAGUCCACCACAUUUAUCUGACAGCUGUAGUUUACAGAUACUUUGCAUGGUGCUGUUGGAACUUGCACAUGUUUUAUGGAACCGAGGUGUUUUAUCUAAUUUCAGCAUAUUUUAACAUACACUCUGUUGUUUUAUAUGAACUCUGCGUGGUAGAAAAUACAACUCUUAUUGGAUUUAAAACAGCUGUAAGAAAAUUACAAAUAUGGAUAAAAAAAAAAAAACUUCUAACAAGACUCCUGCAGUAGUUUUGUUAUUUUAAAAUAUCAAAAUCUGAGUAAAAAUCAGCAAAUUGCAGGACUGCCUAUGUAGUUAAUCAGCCAUCAUUUAAGAAAUGUUACACUGUGGAAAUGUCCAUUGCAGUGGACAUGCAAAAAAUGCAAUAAAGACAUUUUACAUAAAAAUGCUGAUUUGGUCUCAUGGGAGAAAACUCCACUCCUGAGUGAAAGUCAGAUACUUGUGUUGGAAAAAUACGAUUAUAUUUAAGUAUACAGCUGGACAAACAGCCUGAUAUUAAAUGACCUACUUCAGUACAACAGCAGUUGUCAUGAAUACUACAGCACGUGACGUCUCUCUCUCUUUUUUGUCUUUUCUUAUAAUAAAAUGACCAAAAUUUAAAUUUGGGAACUAUUUACGUGACCGGCGCGCGCACUUGGAGAAUAACCUGAGCGCGUCCCCGCCCCCAAAGAGAGAGAGAGAGAGAGAGAGAGAGAGAGAUUUAGGAUGACAGCUUGUCUCACGUCCUCAGACAUUUUCGGAGGCAGCGGGCUGAACAACACUUUUGACGUCAGGAAUAAUCAUUACAGCCUUCUCUCGCAUCCGGGUCUCCUCGCUCUCCUCUCCUCUCCUCUCCUCUCCUCUCCUCUUCUCUUGUGGUUUUAAUAUUCACUUCAUCCACAGCGGCGGCGGCUCGGAGCCUCAGCGACAACACCGGCGACGCACACAUGCGAAGAGGAUCCGCGGCUGCAGGAGCAGCGGCCGUGAAGCAGCCAGCUCCAGCUCCAUCCGCUGAUUGUUUUUUUAACUUUUGUCUCCCCUGAUUUGUCGGAGAGGAUGUUCCGGCUCAACAAGUCUCUUUUAUUUUUCGCACAUUAACUGUGGAUGGCCGCGGAAUGGAGAUAGCCUUGGUGAGUUUUGAGAACGGCGGCGCUAAAGGAAGCGGCGGCGGCGGCAACAAUGCCGAGGAGAGCUGCCGGAACGCGCUGAAUGUCCCUCAGUCGGGCUUCGUUCAAACUGGACUUGGAGAGGACUACGGCAAAGAGCUGAACACCCGGGGGAGUCCUCAGCAGCAGCAGCAGCAGCAGCAUCAUCAGCAUCAGCAUCAUCAUCAUCAGCAGAGCUCCUGGAAAAUCAACGACAUGAACAACACUUUCAGCUGCAGCGAGAACGCCAUGGAUGCGCUUUUACGCGCGGACCACAGUCCCCAUCUGUUCGACGAGGACAUGCUGGACAUGGACAUGGACACGGAGAGCAACGAGAGGGUGCUCAUCAACAUAGCCGGGCUGAGGUACGAGACCCAGCUGGGCACCCUGAACCAGUUCCCCGAUACUUUACUGGGAGACCCUACCAAGAGGAUAAAAUACUUCGACCCGCUCCGGAACGAGUACUUUUUCGAUCGCAACAGACCGAGUUUUGACGGGAUUUUGUAUUUUUAUCAGUCCGGAGGGAAGAUCCGGAGACCUGUCAACGUGUCAAUCGAUGUGUUCGCGGAUGAGAUUAGGUUUUAUCAGCUGGGGGAGGAGGCCAUGGAGAGGUUCCGCGAGGAUGAGGGGUUUAUAAAAGAGGAGGAAAAGCCGCUGCCUCAGAAUGAGUUUCAGAAGCAGGUCUGGCUCAUAUUUGAGUAUCCGGAGAGCUCCAGUCCGGCGCGGGGCAUCGCCAUCGUGUCUGUGAUUGUCAUCACCAUAUCCAUCAUCACCUUCUGCCUGGAGACGCUGCCGGAGUUCAGGGACGAGAGGGAGCUGCCGGUCACCAGCCGGCUGGACAACAGCACCGCGGUCCGGCCGUCCCUCACCUUCACCGACCCCUUCUUCAUCAUAGAGACCACAUGCGUCAUUUGGUUCACUUUCGAGCUGUUCGUGCGCUUCUUCGCGUGCCCCAGCAAGUCGGAGUUCUCCAAGACCAUCAUGAACAUCAUCGACAUCAUGUCCAUCAUGCCUUACUUCAUCACAGUGGGCACGGAGCUGGCGGAGCAGCAGGGCCAGGAGCACCAGAACGGACAGCAGGCCAUGUCCCUGGCCAUCCUCAGGGUCAUCCGCCUGGUCCGGGUCUUCCGGAUCUUCAAGCUCUCCAGACACUCCAAGGGGCUCCAGAUCCUCGGGCAGACUCUUAAAGCCAGCAUGCGGGAGCUCGGCCUCCUCAUCUUCUUCCUCUUCAUCGGAGUCAUCCUCUUCUCCAGCGCCGUGUUCUUCGCAGAGGCGGACGAGCCGGAGUCUCACUUCUCCAGCAUCCCCGAUGCCUUCUGGUGGGCCGUGGUCACCAUGACAACCGUGGGCUACGGGGACAUGAGGCCGGUGACGGUCGGGGGAAAGAUCGUGGGCUCUCUCUGCGCCAUCGCCGGCGUGCUCACCAUCGCGCUGCCGGUGCCGGUCAUCGUAUCAAACUUCAACUACUUUUAUCACAGAGAGACGGACCAGGACCAGUCCUCCCUGAAGGACGAGCCGAACAGCGUCCGAGCGAGCCCCGAACUGAAACGCAAAGGGAGUAAAUCAUCAGCCAAGUCGCAGGACGCGGAGAACAGCGACGCGGCCGCAGCGGUGGAGAAGGCGAAUAUCAAAGCCAACAGCAGCAUGGACUUCAAGAGAUCCCUUUACGCGUUCUGCUUGGACACACGGGAGACAGACCUGUAGUCCCGCAGUCUGCUUCCUCACUUUAAAAAAAAAAACCCAAAAAACUAUUAAAGCCCAUAGUUGUGUAUAAACCCCCAUUAAUGGGCUCUUAAGUCUUUGCACAUAGCAGUUGGACGAUCAACACAUUGCAAUCCUGAAAAGUUUUAAGAGCGACUGGGGUUGAUUUAUAAAAAGCACAUUUUAAUCCCCGUCAUCUGGUAAGCACAUCCGUUAGUGAGCUAUGAACAAAGCACAGUGCAUGUGAUGCAACACAGUGGCCCUUUAAAGUAGGAACACCUUAACAACAUUAAAUGAAACUCAUGGAGAAAUUAGGACAUGCAGCCUGUGCUGCAGAUAAUCAAGGACAAGCAGGACUUGGAAUAAUUACUUGACAUCUCUAGAGGAUUAACAGGGGACCAACAGAGACUCUUGUACAUAAUGUAGGAAGUAGUCCAUAUUCAGUAGUUCAACAAAAGAAAAAGCCAAAUUUUAUUUUUCGUACCUACCCUACAUUUAGUCAUUAUGUUUACGCUGAAAAGUUGCAGCAAAUAUGUACAUAUUUCCCACAGGCCUACUAUUUAUGAAUUGGAUUAUGGUGUUAUUGUAGAUUUGGAGAAAAAAAAAAGUAUAUUUUUGAGAUGCAGACACCUGUUUUCCUCCACUCAGGUUCUGCCAAAGAAGUGAGAUACUUUCCUUUUUUCUAAAUGAGAGUUGAUUCGCUCUCAGAGGACCUAAAGAGGAGAUUUUUAGACGUUGAACAACAGCCUUGUUUAUGAUCAUUUUAAACUAAAGAACAUUUUUUAAUGUUUAACAAAGGACAUAAAUAUGGAAGUAUGUAAACUGAGGGAAUGACAACCAAGAAAAGAGGACAGCGCAGAGACCAUCUGGAGAGAUCAAGCAACACAGAUGCCAGAGAGUUGAAGCCCUGCCCUCCGGUCAUCAGGAGAGUCGAUCCACCCGCAGGAAUCCCCUCCGCCACAACACACUCACAAAAAACUGCUGCUGCACUUCAAAAAAUCAGCAUCCACCUCCCUUUUUUGGAACUCUGUGCCUUCAACCAAAAUUCACCAGUGAUACUUCUGAAGCUUUUCUUUUGCUUUUUAGCUUUUUUUGUUGUUGUUGUUGUCCGAGCCGGACUCAGAGGAUAUAUCUGCCUGAUGUAGGAGGGCCUGGGAUCGUGCUGCUGCUUUGUCUCUCUGGAAAAAAUAACAAACAUUCAAACCUAACCAGGACAUGCAAAGUUUGAUCAUUUUAAUGUCCUAACGUGUUAUUUUUUUUCUACAAAUUGUGUCAGUGAUUUACUUCAUAUCAGAAGAAAUCCCUCUCUGUGCAAUAUCGUCCAUAUUUAUGUGAAGUUGUCAUGUGGAUGUAGACUUUGGACAAACUUUUUGGUUUAUUUUUGUAAUGAUGUUUUCCUGAUUUCUAUUUUUCUAAAAUGACAAUGGUGUAAAGACAGAUGGGGGGAGGGGGGAUCAUCUGAACACAUUUCAAGGGAGAGAGGACGUUUGGUUGUUGCUAAAGUUGUCCAAGUUUAGUUUACCUAGUUUAACUACAUCGCCUCCUGCUCUGACCAGGGCCAAAGCCAUAGCCUAUCUCAGAUUAUAAUGCACCAGGCGUUUUAAACACAACACCAGUGUCCCUAACAGCAAGAUGCAUUCAGGGUCUCACAGUCUGGAGCCGACACCACAGGCUCCUCUUGUCAGCUCAUUUUAGCUGUUGGAUUUUUUUUUUAGCAAUGUUUUGGUUUCUACUGUAUGUUCAGGGGCUUGAAUCUGAAGUAUUUAGUAUUCUCUACCUUUGUGUGGCCUGUUCUUCUUGCUGUUAUUUUGUACUUCCUCCUACAUAUCAAUCAAGCAACUAUAAGUGGCAUGAGUAUGUGUGUCAGUGAGAAAAAUGAAUGAGUGCGCUCGCCAGAAUGGGAGGUAAAAUACUGUAAAUUCUCAAAUAAAAGCUGAAUAAUGGCCAGUUCUCCUGUAAUAGCCAGGUCCAAAAUGAAGGAAGGGAUAAAAAAGAUAAAAUGGUGGUAAGAAAUGGCACUCGAUUGGUUAGUUAGAUGUUGCGAACCUGUUGGUAUCCUGGCCAAAACACCAAAGCCAUGUUUUUUCUGCCCUUAAGUAAGUUUUUUAUUUGCUUUGGAAACUUUUAAAAAAAGUCAAAGCUCCCUCAAGCUCUAAAAACAGUUUCAGAUUUUAGCUGAAAUCUUAUUCUGCUUUGCGUGAAAGAGAUAAUUUAAGAUACUCAAUAAGUUUGCUAGUAGCCUUGCCAAUUGCUUGCAAUGUUAGCUGAUGGAUCACUGGUAGCUUAGCCUUGCUAAUGCUAUGCUAGUUUUGCUCACUGUUAGCUAAUGUUGGGUCACCCAUAUCUUAUGCUGCAUUCAGGUCUUAAAUGAGUUACUGUAAUUACCAGUUUCUGAGCUGUAAACAUCCACGUCGUAAUGUUUUUUUUACGAGUUUUCACUCUUGUCUUUACAAAGCAUCAUUGCAGGAGGUUAAAGUAUAAUUUAUUCCCAAAUCUAACCCAAAGGUCCAUUAACAAGUGUCAGAGCUUUCAACCACUUCUCAAGGCAUUCAUGUACACCGUUUCUUCACCAUAUCUUCUUCCCAAAGGUCAAGAUUUAAUAUCCAUGCUCCAUAUCCAUAUUCUCAUUCAUUUCUUGCUAGUUUGUUGACUUCAGCUAACAUUAGUGGACCAGUUUGUUGGUAGUUGAUGUUACGUCACUGUAUUCAAAUUGUGCUUUUCCCACUGAGAUAAGCUUAUCUGAGUGGAAAGCCCCAUUUUAAUAAAUGAAGGUCGGCUUUGUAAAGACAAGUGGAAACUCAGAUAAAACCAUAGCAUUAAAUCAGUUACAUUUUGACGAUUUCUACACCGGAAAUUUGCUUCACCAAACUUUUGGUAAGAAAUUAAACGGUUUAUAUCGGCGAGAGGAGUCGAAAAAGGUCAAAUUUGACUGGCAUAUCCAACUUGGAGCUUAGGCAAACAAAUAUGGAUUCCUGACGUCAGCCAAAGUCCAUUGUUUACAGUAAUCAAAUCCAAAUUUAAUGGCUAUAGUGCACAUUGUCCAUUUUAACCAUCACACCACCAACUCUGCAAUUGUACAACCACCUUGAGUUGAAAGAUGUCAUGGAAACAUGGAAAUCUUUCCCAACUCCACCACCUCUCCCAUAUGACGACGAGAAUGCGGCAUUAGCCCCUCUAAUCAUUUUAUGUUAGAUUUGUGCCUUGGUAGCUGAUGUCGCUAGUAGCUUAGCCACCGGUAGAUCUGGUCUACUAAGGUUAGCUGUCGUUCACAAACUAGUGAGAAAAGAGUGGAAAUGUGAGCACAGCUAUUCAUUCUUGACUUUUGUAAACACGAUAAUGUAAAGAAAAUGUAAGCAAAGACUGUGAUAUGUGGUUUGAUGACAAUCUGACUCUGCGGUGGGUCAGCCAUUACAAACACGCGUUGUGCAGCCAACCAUUGUUCUCACUGUGCUUCUAUCGCAUUAGGCUGCUAGUAAUACAUUUUCUGUAGAUGUUUCACAAUAAAAGUCUUCAAGGGAAGUGAAGGGAUUAUGGCUCCUGAACAACUGGAAGGCUUUUGAUGUGAAACAGAAAAGGAGGACCUUUAACAACCGCAAGUUAACACAGAUAGUGAAAGAGGGAGGCUUCUGACAAAAAUACAAUCAAAUUUACUUAAAAAACAGGAGGAGUUAUUCAAAAUAAACGCCUCUUUCUACUAAAGACCCAGGCCACUAUUUGAGAAUUUACAGUAAUUCCUGUUUUAUUGUUUCAGUCCUGUUUUCUGCAGUUGUGAAAUGUGUUAUGUGUAUCCUUGAAGCUGCUAUCCCUGUACUGUGUAGAUCGGAGAUGUCCAGCCUUAUCCCAGAAGUCCUACAAACAUCCUGCAUUAGCUCUCCAUAUACCUCACAUGCACACAAACACACGUUUUAUGUUUAGGUUCAUCAUGAACUUAAUUAAAAGCAUCAAUGGGACACUCGGUUCAGUUUGUGCCUUUCAGGGAAUCGUCAUUUUCACAUUUUGGGAAUUGUGUGAUUUUAACCUGUUUUACAAGGUGCAUCUUUAUUCCUUUAACCAAACAAAGGGGCAACUAGUGUAGAGGUGAUACAGCAUGUGGCCAAAAGUAUGUGGACACACAUAGUUAAACAUGUCAUUCCAAAACCAUGGCCAUUAAUCUGCUCCAUAAUAUUUUAGGACCUGGCUGCAGGGAUUUUCUAUCAUCAGGAGGCACAUGCACAUCUAUAAAUCCUUUGCAGGUGCUAUGUAAUUAUCUGCACAAAAAAACACAGUCACACACUGCUGUCUUGUUCCUUAUUCUGAUUUUGUUCUACGCUGACAUGGCAAUGUUUUGAGCACAAAUGGCGUUCACCUUCAGAGAGAUAAUUUGUGCUCCAAUCGUGUCCAUGCAGAAUAAACAACUAAAAGUUUAA